UCACUCCGCCUCCCUGCGGCUUCCUGUUCUACCACAGGUGACCGACGAACGGAGCAACUGACAGCUCCUGCCUCUGACCCUGACUUUCCUGUCAGUCAGCCGCCGAGAGCUCGGAUUUCCUCUGCCCGCCAUGGGCGAUGAGCCGGAGCCGCGCCCUCCUGUCCGGACUCCGGACUCCGCAGCGUCGGUGCCGCCUGUCCCGGCGGCGGGGGAGGACCCAGGGUCGCCGCCUACUGACUUCUCCCACCUGUACCCUCCACUUCCGCGCGGCGAGUUCUCCCCCUCCGUCGUCCCCCCGGCCGUGAGCCACGGCGCCCGCGACGAGUUCUUCGCCUUACGGCCAGGGACAUUGCAAACAGCGAUCAGCGAGACAGCGAAAAAACUGACGGAUGAAGACGGAAAAGUGGAGAGCGCCUGGCUUCUGGUAGAAGUGGACCACUGGAACCGGGAGAUCGAGCGACUGGUGCUGCUGACGCCUCGGGUCUUGCUGGUGUGUCACUAUGACUUUGUGGGCCUGUACUGUCACCUGAUGCUCCGAAUCCCCCUUCACUACAUUGACAGCAUCACAGUCGGACCGUUCCGGUUCCCAGCAAAAUCCUUCAGCAGGCGUUCCGGUCUCGGCUUGCGGAUCCAAUGGGACAAACUGCGGGAGCCGUCUUUCAGUUCCUGGUGGAAUCCAUGGUCGCGGGAUCUACCAUUUGUCAUCCUAACAGAACAUCCCGGGGCGGAGCGGAACCACGAGCUGUCCUCCUUCUGCAAGAUGCAGCGUUUCCGUUCUGAGCUGACCAGCCUGGCACUGACUGCGCACCAGAACCAGCCCCUCCCCGGCCGAGCCAAUGGCCCCCUUCAGCUGGAGAAACCGAUCCAGAUGGAGACCUUUCUCGGCCUGGUAUCUGCCUUCAGCAACUGGUCACAGCUGGGUUACGCCAAACCCCGAGGGCUCUUUGGCUUCUAGAAGUCACAGCAGUCCACUGUCAACACCAGAGUACAGCCAAUGGCCUCUUUAUUAACCGACAAAGUGGACACUGGUCUUCUACUGCUGCAGCGGAUAGCCGUGUGUGUCUUUAGAGAAGCUCUUCAGCUCAACGCAGUUGUAGCGAGUGUUUAUUUGAGUAACUGUUGGCUUCCUGUCAACUUGAACCAGUCUGGCCGUUCUCCUCUGACCUCUCCCCUUAAGGUGGCUUUGCCCAUCGAACAGCUGCCCCCUGGAUGUUUCGGUUUGUUUGUCUCUGUGACCUUUCUGCAUGAAACUCCCAGCGGGUCAGGUUUUCCUUGUACUGCAUUUUGUAUAUUUCAACGUCCAUUAAUAAAUAAAAUGAAAAAGAAUCUAAUUUUUCAAUUUUCAUUCUAAAUAUUUAUGCAUAUUACAAAAAACAUUAGACGUGGCGCACAGCAAUAACUGGACCGUCCAGCUGCAAAUAAAAGUUAGAGCGAACUGAUUCAAGUUAUCACUGUUUGGCACGUGCAACAAUAAUAAACAAAAGGAAUUCCAUGUCCUGCUCCACUGUUCCCCUGGAACUAACCUCCAGUGUUCUCAACGGAUGCUCCGAUUUCCACCUACAUCCCAAGAGCAUGCGGCAUAAUUGCCCCCGGUACACGAUUGAGAGGUAUGGAAUGCUGAUAGGAAGACUGGGACCACAAGACAUAGGAGCAGAAUUAGACCAAUCGGCUAUGAACAUGGCUGACUUAUUACCCUCUCAACCCCAUUCCCUUGCCUCAGAGUCGUAGUGUCAUGGAAAAUUUACAGCUCAGAAACAGGCCCCUCACCCGGCCUAGUCCGUGCAGAAUCGCUUAAACUGCCUGGUCCUAUUGACCCGCUCCAGGACCACAUCCCGUCACUCUCGUUCCAUCCACGUACCCAUCCAAACUUUGAAAACAAAAUUGCAUUCACCACUUACGCUGGCAGCUUUCAUUUCACUACUGUUACGAAGGAUGAACAGUUCUGAUGGGCAGAAGGGUGCAGGGUUGCCCAAGUCCCCCUCCCCUGGGAGAAUUACAAACCGUUACUGUUGCCAGGCUGCUAAUGAGAGAGAAAGAGAUGGAACAAAAACAUAUUGGGACUGGAACAUUUGCUUCAGACAAGGGCGAGAUAACACCAGGGGAGAGAGACCAUAUUAUUACUCCUGUAAGACUCACGGCUCCGGAGAGGGCUGUUUACUUGGUACUAUUCUGUUCAUUAAAAUUCCUCAGUGGACAGCCGGAGUGGGCUGGUUUGAUGGGCUAAGCCAUUCAAAACUGAUUGACACCUGAGACACCAUGAGUAGGGAUAAAAGUGAGGUCUGGGGAGACACCCCUCAGAUGCACCAAGAGACACAUUAGUGAGCACUGCUUAAGUGUUGGAACCCACGAGAAAGUGUGGGGCAUCGGAG